CUGCUUUUAGGUUAGCCUUAACGUGUUCUCGUUUAAUUUAAUUGCCACCAGGUGGAGAAUGCGAGUCCGCUGCGACCAUGACGGACCGGGGCUGCUGCUGCUGUACGUUGGAGACGUGCGUGCGUCUGCAGGGGCUCAUCGUGGGGAUCAUCUGCGUCGGCAAUAUGGCCCGCGUCACGUGGAAGGUGCUGAACGACGACGGCACGGCUGAGUCGGCCAUACAACGCACAUCCGCGGGAGCGUUCCUGGACGGUGCAGACUGCCUGGUGAACGGCCUGGGCGCCAUGCUGCUGUUUGCCGCAUCUCUGCUGCUGCUGCGCGGCGUGCGGCUGAAGCGGCCCUCGCUGAUGCAGCCCUACCUGGUGUGCGCCGUGGCGGAGGCCGUGGCGCUCGCGCUCUUCGCCAUCCUGUACGGCGUGGCCGUGGCGCAGUCGCUGCCGGAGCCGGACGAGCACCCGGACGUGGUCGUCAUCAGCGUCGGCGAGGUCAGCGCCCUCGUGGUGUUCGUCAUCUUGCUGCUCAUCGCGUUUCCGACGUACUGCCUCCUGAACGUAUCCAGCCUCUACGACUACAUGAAGUACGACGACUAUCGUAGGGAGCAUUUUUAUUACAUUGGAACUUGAGUUGUAUUGCUCAUAAUUUUCACAUUCCAUCAUGAUUGUACAACAUCGUAUACAUAUCUACCCACAUAUUCUCCUGCCCAUGCCGUAAGAUUUGACAAGUCUAUAUUUUGUUAAUGGCCGCCAUAACAACCCAAAAUGACUAUUUUGUUAGUGACGUAUUGAUGCCCUUUACGUAGUUCGAAUGAAAACAAGAUUUACCGUAGGUAAAGUUUUAGACCUGAUAACGUAUUUUGCAGCCUUCUUGUCCGCGUUAUAGAGUCCUGUCAUGUAAUAGUCUUUAAAUCUUGUGAAAAUGACGAAUUUUCUGUGAUUUUACGCCAGUCAAUUUUAAGAGCCCACCCGCGUGACCAUAUUAUUUAUGUGUCAGUGGUUAUCCCCCUAGUACGAAGGGUGGCGAUACUCCGCGCCCUGAUAUACCCGCGCGUGGGGUGUACGCGACGCGCUGUCGAUCGCUUCUUCCAUGACACCCCCACCCCUCGCCCCACCCCCACCGACACCAACUUUUGUGUUCUGUUUAUAGGAUAUUUUUUCAAAUAAACGUUUGCUGCCAAAUUAAUGAGGAGAUGACCGUGAGUCUUUAAAAUGAUUGGGUGUAUUUUCUUUAAAUCUCAAACGAGUCACCUCGUCAAUUGUGACCCCAUACUACCGAAAUUAAUUGUGUAUGAACAUCUUUGCUUUGAUUAAAAGAUUGGGUCUGCUUGCUGCUAUGUAUGUACCGGGCGUUUCAGCAGAGCGGACACUACAGUGUCGCGGGAUUGCAUACUCGCUAGAGCCUUACGAGCGAAGGGAUUAGGCAAACCCAGAACACUGUGGUGUCCUCUCUGAAACACCCGGUGCACCAUUGUACUGUGUGUUUAGUUUUAGUGCGUAGCUCGUCUCUUUGUGAUAUAUGUGUAUUAUGGGGCCCGCUUUAAACCGUGUGGUAUCCGUCCCCCAGCCUAGUCAUUACUUAAUUAGAUGAAGGAAAAAAUUAAUCACUGUCUCACUACAACUUCUAUUGCGGUUUUCAUACCGGGGAAGUACAUAUGGCAAUUACUUCUAGACAUACAUUUGUGUGGGGAAUAAAGACCUAAAAAACGA